AUGUUGACCAUCCGCUCACUUCUACUCCUGGGGCUGCUGUGCGUCGCCGAGGCGGCCCCCGGCAGGAAGGGCAACGGGAACGGGAACGCGCAAGCGAAUACACAGCAGACGGCGCAGACGGCACAAGAGCAGGCAGACCAGAUACCUGGUGGGAUAUCUGAGGCUACGGAUGGCAGCACCAUCUUGGAUAUGACCGCAGAGGUGAACGGCCAAACCCUCCGCUUCAAAGUCUCCGCGCCCGCCGACCAAUUCACCACUGCCUCCGGCGUUUCAGGCGGCAGCCAAGCCGCCAACGCCACCGGCGGCAGCCUGGGGCUAAACGUGCUCCUGCACGGCGACGGCGGCCAGUCCUUCUUCGACUUCCCGAACCAGGCCGUCCAGAACAACCUAGCCGGCGUCGCCGUGCUCGCGCCAGACCCGAACCUCUUCUGGGGCGGCGGGUCCGGGCUCGACCGCACCGACGGCGUCGCGCACGCGCAGCUCGUCAACGAUCUCGUUGUCGAUGUCUUGCCCACGGUCAUGGCGUUCAACGCCUCACACGUCAGCUUCACGGGCGUCAGCGGCGGGUCGCUGCUGCUGAGCGGGUUCUUCGUACCGGCGCACAUCGGGAACUUCGCCGACGCCACGGCUGGCCAAGAGAGCCAGGUCCUGCUCAACUGCGGCGGACUCACACCACAAGUCGACGUCGCACCCGCCGCGGCCGCCGCGAUUCCCAACGUGCGCAUGCACUUCCAGACCACGCAGGAUGAGCUCGCGUUGCUACAGCCGGCCAUCCCCGCGGCGAUCAAGGCGUACGAGCAGCUGGCGCUCGCCGGGGGCCUGGACGCGGCCGCGGUGGGCGCGCUGCAGACGGUCGAUAACAGCCCCGUGGGCGGGCACUGCGAGUUCGACGAGCAGGACUUCGUGAGCGGCGUGCAGCUCAUGGCCGACUCGUUUGCGUCUGUCAUGCAGGGCGGUGACGGCACGCUGAACGGGACGGACGUCAAUGUGCUGAACCCCGUCGUUGGGAAUGAGGAUUUGGUCUUCUCGGGGGCUACGUGA